AUGGCUCGUCAAUUGAAUCCAAUACAACAGAAAAUAUCUGAGAAACUAAUCAUAUUGAAUGAUCGUGGUGUUGGGAUUUUAACAAGGAUUUAUAACAUAAAAAAGGCUUGCGGAGAUGCAAAAUCUAAGCCAGGAUUUUUGUCAGACAAGGGACUUGAUUCAUCAAUUAAGUUUAUUGUGAAGAAAUUUCCAAAUAUUGACACUAAAAGUUUGACAGCAAUAACAAAUAUCAAAGUCGAAAUAAUUAAGUCGUUGUCACUUUACUACUAUACAUUCGUUGAUCUACUCGAUUUCAAAGACAAUGUAUGUGAACUUUUAACUACAAUGGAUGCACUUCAAAUUUAUCUGGAUAUUACUGUAAAUCAUGAAUUGACAAAAAAUUAUUUGGACUUGGUCACAACGUAUGUCUCUUUAAUGAUUUUGCUGUCGAGAGUUGAUGAUCGAAAAGCAGUCCUUGGAUUAUUUAAUGCAGCAUACGAGAUGCAGAACAACGGUAGUGAUCCAAACUUUCCACGACUUGGCCAAAUGAUUAUGGAUUAUGAUCAAGCUACAAAAAAGUUGUCUGACGAAUUCAUACCACAUCAGCGUCUUUUGACAAGUGCAUUAAAAUCAUUAGUUCAGAUUUAUCCCAUGCGCAAUUUAACAGCUGAGAAAUGGCGUGAAUUACAAAUUCUUACACUUGUCGGUAAUCAAGCUGCAUUGUUAAAACCAUCUAAAACGGAUACAAUGUCUUGCGAAUAUAUAUCACUCGAAACACUAGACCGAUGGAUUAUUUUCGGGCUUAUGCUAAAUCAUCAAAUGUUGGGUCAGUCGAAUCAAGUAACAAGCAUGUGGGUUGCAGCUUUGGAAUCAUCUUGGGUUAUUGCCCUAUUUCGAGAUGAAGUUAUACACAUUCAUCAAUAUAUUCAGAAUGCUUUUGAAGGCAUUAAAGGAUACGGCAAAAGAAUUUCAGAAGUUAAAGAUUAUUAUAAUCAUGCAAUACAAAAAGCCGCUUUGAUGCAUAGAGAACGUAGAAAGUUUUUACGUACAGCUCUUAAAGAACUUGCUUUGAUUUUAACAGAUCAGGCUGGAUUGCUUGGACCUAAAGCACUUUAUGUUUUGAUUGGUCUAUGUUAUGCACGUGAUGAAAUUCUGUGGCUUCUUCGUCAUAAUGAUAAUCCUCCAAUAAGUUCAAAAUCAAAGGGAAAAUCAACAGAAGACUUAGUUGAUCGUCAAUUACCCGAAUUACUAUUUCACAUGGAAGAAUUGCGAGGUUUAGUACGCAAAUAUAGCCAAGUAAUUCAGCGUUAUUACGUUCAAUACUUGUCUGGCUAUGAUGCUAUUGAGCUCAACGUAAAAAUGCAGAAUCUUCAGGUUUGUCCUGAAGAUGAAAGUAUUAUAUUAUCUUCAUUAUAUCAAUCUAUUGCUCCAUUGUCUGUUAAACAAGUUGAAAUGGGUGAGACAUUUGAUUUUCGAGCUUUUCGUCUUGAUUGGUUCCGUCUACAAUCAUAUAUGAGUGUUGCAAAAGCCGCAAUCAAAAUCACUGAUCACGUAGAUCUUGCUCGACUUUUUGAUUCAAUGAUAUUCCAUACACGAAUGAUUGAUAAUCUGGAUGAGGCGCUUGUGGAAACUUCAGAUCUUUCGAUAUUUUGUUUUUAUAGCAAAAUGUUGGAGGAUCAAUUUCAUAUGUGCUUAGAGUUUCCAGCUCAAAAUAGAUAUAUUAUUGCAUUUCCAUUAAUUUGCAGUCAUUUUCAAAAUUGUACUCAUCAAAUGUGUCCUGAAGAAAGACAUCAUAUUCUUGAAAGAUCGAUUUCUGUCGUUAACAUGUUUUUGGAUGAAAUGGCUAAAGAGGCUAAAAAUAUCAUAACUACUAUUUGCGAUGAACAGUGUAUGAUGGCUGAUGCACUUCUUCCAAAACAUUGUGCCAAAAUUCUGUCAGUUGCAACACAAAGAAAGAAAAAGGACAAAUUAAAAAAGCAUAUGGAUGAUAUCAGACGCCCAGGAGAUGAAAGUUAUCGAAAGACGAGAGAGGAUCUUACAACAAUGGAUAAACUACAUAUGGCUUUGACAGAACUAUGUUUUGCCAUUAAUUAUUGUCAAAUUGUUAAUGUCUGGGACUAUUCUUUUGCUCCAAGAGAAUACCUUUAUCAACAUUUGGAAACAAGAUUUUCAAGAGCUCUCGUUGGUAUGGUAAUGUACAAUUCGGAAACUAUGGAAAUUGCCAAACCAUCAGAACUUCUUGCAUCAGUUCGAGCAUACAUGAAUGUUCUUCAAACAGUCGAACAUUAUGUUAACAUUGACAUGACACGAAUAUUUAAUAAUUGCUUGUUACAACAGACACAACAAAUCGACAGCCAUGGUGAGAAAACUAUAAGUUCACACUAUAAUUCAUGGUAUUCAGAUGUGCUCCUUCGAAAAGUUAGUGGCGGUAAUAUUGUAUUUAGUUCGAAUCAAAGAGCAUUUGUAGCAAUUUCACCCGAAGGAUGCAUCCCAUUCAAUCCAGAAGAGUUUUCUGAUCAUAAUGAAUUAAGAUCAUUAGCUGAACUUAUUGGUCCAUAUGGAAUCAAACUAAUAAAUGAGCAAUUGAUGUGGCACAUUGCAAAUCAAGUUCAAGAACUAAAACGUAUGGUAACGAUGAACAAGGAAACAUUAAUCAUUCUUCGAAGCAAUUUUGAUAAACCUGAUAUAAUGAAAGAACAUUUCAAGAGAUUGCAACAUGUUGACAAUGUUUUACAGAGAAUGACAAUUAUUGGUGUUAUUUUGAGUUUUAGACAACUCUUGCAGGAAGCACUUUUAGAUGUUUUGGAACAAAGAAUACCAUUUCUUGUAAGCUCAGUGAAAGAUUUUCAAAAUCAUGUUCCUGGUGGAGAUCCAUUGAAAACCGUUUCUGAAAUGGCAUCAGCAUCAGGAUUGAAGUGUAAAGUCGACCCUACAUUAUUGAAUGCCUUAAGAGCUCAAAAACCUGAAAUUGAUGAAGGGGAACAUUUGACAGUUUUAUUAUUAAUGGUAUUUGUCGCAGUAUCAAUUCCAAAAUUGGCUAAAAAUGACCAAUCAUUCUAUAGAGCUUCACUUGAAGCACAUACAAAUAAUAUUCAUUGCUUAGCUUUAGCUGUAAACGAUAUUUUUGGAGCCCUUUUCACAAUUUGUGGACAAAAUGACAUUGAAGAUCGCAUGGCUGAAUUUUUAGCUUUGGCCAGUUCCUCUCUCCUUCGAUUGGGUCAGGAAACUGAAAAGGAAGAUAUUAAAAAUCGAGAAUCCAUUUAUUUGCUCCUUCAUGAGAUUGUAAAAGAAUCCAAUUUUCUUACACAAGAUCUUUUAGAAUCAUGCUUCCCAUAUGCUUUAAUCCGUAACGCUUACCAUGCGGUGUAUAAAAACGAAAUGUCCAUUUAG